CAGUCAGUCAGUCAGUCAGUCAUUACGGGGACAGUAUGGAGUUCAGGUCUCUCUCUGUGAUACUCUUGCUGACUGUCCUCAUCCACAGUGGACAAACAGCGAGACCAAAAGCUACAGUGACAAUACACCCAGCUGAUCCUGUGUUCACCGGAGAGACAGUCACUCUCACGUGUCAUAUAGGAAGUGGAGAUGGCUGGUAUUAUGAGUGGUUUAAGGAUGGUAAGUCUCUAAGUGAAGCUCAACAGGGGAAGGAAUACACCAUUUCUAAAGUUGCUGAGUCUAAUGGAGGAGUUUAUACCUGUAAAGGAAGACAGUCAACACAGCCGAGUUACUCAGACACCAGUGAUGCUGUUACACUGACUGUAUCAGAUCUACCCAAACCUACACUGACUGUAGAACCAGAGAGACCUGUGUUCAGUGGAGAGUCAGUCACUCUGAAGUGUGAGAUUAAAGGUUAUGAUGGAUGGACGUAUCAGUGGUAUAAACUGGAUCCAUGGCGUAGAUGGACUGCAGUGUCUCAGUCUGUGUAUUACAAUGUAAACAGAGACACUCUCACCAUCAGAGGAGACACUGUGAUUAAUGGAGAUCAGUAUCUGUGUAGAGGAGAGAGACAUGACAGACUAACAUCAUCAGAGUACAGUUCCUCUGUUACUCUCACUGUAAAGGCUUUACCUACUGCUGAACUCACUGUAGAGCCCAAAUGGAGUCCUGUGUUCAGUGGAGAGUCAGUCACUCUGAAGUGUGAGAUUAAAGGUUAUGAUGGAUGGACGUAUCAGUGGUAUAAACAGGAUAAACAGAGUGGACUGACUGCAGUGUCUCAGUCUGAGUAUCACACUGUAAACAGAGACACUCUCACCAUCAGAGCAGACACUGUGAUUAAUGGAGAGCAGUACUGGUGUAGAGGAGAGAGACGUGACAGACCAACAUCAUCACAGUACAGUUCCUCUGUUACUCUGACUGUAAACGAGACACCAAAACCUGCGGUGUCCAUACAGCCUGAUGAUCAGGUGUUCAGAGGAGAGACUGUCACUCUCAGAUGUGACAUACAGGGAGGAGGAGUCUCUAACUGGCAGUACAGCUGGUUUAAAGAUGGUUCAUCCACUCCUGUCAGGAAUGAACAGCAGUACAGAAUCAGCUCUGUUACAGCGUCUGACAGAGGAACAUACACCUGUAGAGGAACAGAGAGAGGAACAUCACGCUACUCACACACCAGUGAUCCUGUUACACUGACUGUAUCAGAGAGACCAAAACCUGCGGUGUCCAUACAGCCUGAUGAUCAGGUGUUCAGUGGAGAGACUGUCACUCUCAGAUGUGACAUACAGGGAGGAGGAGUCUCUAACUGGCAGUACAGCUGGUUUAAAGCUGGUUCAUCCACUGCUGUCAGUAAUGAACAGCAGUACAGUAUCAGCCCUGUUACAGCGUCUGACAGAGGAACAUACACCUGUAUAGGAGCAGUGAGUGGAACAUCACGCAACUCACACACCAGUGAUGCCGCUACACUGACUGUAUCAGAGAGACCAAAACCUGCGGUGUCCAUACAGCCUGAUCAUCAGGUGUUCAGAGGAGAGACUGUCACUCUCAGAUGUGAAAUAAAGGGAGGAGGAGUCUCUAACUGGCAGUACAGCUGGUUUAAAGAUGGUUCAUCCACUCCUGUCAGUUAUAAACAGCAGUACAGUAUCAGCUCUGUUACAGCGUCUGACGGAGGAACAUACACCUGUAGAGGAGCAGUGAGAGGAACAUCACGCUACUCACACUACAGUGAAGCCGUUACACUGACUGUAUCAGGAAAACCCAAACCGACUGUGAGGGCGGAUCCUCGGAGCUCUGUCUACACUGGAGACACAGUUACUCUGACCUGUGAGGUGAAGUCUACUGGAUGGGAGUUUCUCUGGUACAAAGACUCUCAGCCAUUACAGCCUCAGAGUCCUGUAGAUAAAGGCACCAAGACACUGAGUGUAACAGUGUCUCAUGCAGGAACAGCAGAGUUUAGAUGUGCAGCACGCAGAGGAGCCUACACAACACAGACCAGUGCUCCAGCCGUGAUCACAGUUACAGCGAGACCAAAAGCUACAGUGACAAUACACCAAGCUGAUCCUGUGUUCAUCGGAGAGACAGUCACUCUCACGUGUGAUAUAGGAAGUCGACAUCAUUGGCAGUAUGACUGGUUUAAGGAUAGUAACCCUCUCAGUGAAGCUCAGUGGAGGAAGGAAUACACCAUUUCUAAUGUUGCUGCAUCUCAUAGAGGAGUUUAUACCUGUAACGGAAGACGGUCAACACAGCCGCGUUACUCAGAGACCAGUGAUGCUGUUACACUGACUGUAUCAGGAAAACCCACACCGACUGUGAGGGUGGAUCCUCAGAGCUCUGUCUACACUGGAGACACAGUUACUCUGACCUGUGAGGUGGAGUCUACUGGAUGGGAGUUUCUCUGGUACAAAGACUCUCAGCCAUUACAGCCUCAGAGUCCUGUAGGUAAAGAGACCAACACAGUCAGAGUAACAGUGUCUGACAAAGGAAGAACAGAGUUUAAAUGUGCAGCACGCAGGAAAAACUACUUCGACUACAGUUACCAGCGCUAUGACGGCUACGACUACGACAACAGUAAGAAACGCCAUGUCUACUACAACGUCUACAACACACAUCGCAGUGCUCCAGCCAUGAUCACAGUUACAGCGAGACCAAAAGCUACAGUGACAAUACACCCAGCUGAUCCUGUGUUCAUCGGAGAGACAGUCACUCUCACGUGUGAUAUAGGAAGUGGACAUCAUUGGCAGUAUUACUGGUUUAAGAAUAGUAAACCUCUCAGUGAAGCUCAACAGAGGAAUGAAUACACCAUUUCUAACGUUGCUGCGUCUCAUAGAGGAGUUUAUACCUGUAAAGGAAGACAGUCAACACAGCCGCGUUACUCAGAGACCAGUGAUGCUGUUACACUGACUGUAUCAGAAACACCUAAACCUGAACUCACAUCAAGCCAUAAAGGAGCCGCACCGAUAGGAAAUCCAGUGGUUCUGUACUGUAAGCUGGAUCAGUCUGCUGGAUGGAGGUUUUACUGGUCCAAACACACACAGAGCCCUGAGAACGAGACCAAGACUGAAACACACUCCUACACCAUCAGCUCAGUCAGUGUCUCUGAUGGAGGACAGUACUGGUGCAGAGCUGGGAGAGGAACCCCAGUCUACUACACUCACUACAGUGAUGCUCUCUGGAUAAACGUCACUGAUGGUUCUGUGAUUCUGGACAGUCCUGUCCAUUCUGUGACUGAGGGAGAUCCUCUGACUCUGCGCUGUUUAUAUCGUGACCCAAAGCCCUCAAACCUCACAGCUGAGUUCUAUAAAGAUGGAUCACUCCUCCAGACUCAGACUACAGGAGAGAUGACCAUCCGUACUGUCUCAAAGUCAGAUGAAGGUCUCUACCACUGUAAACACCCAGAGAAAGGAGAGUCUCCACAGAGCUGGAUCUCAGUCAGAGGAGCUUCGUUCUCCGUCUUCAGUCUGCUCAGUAGUUUAAUGGCAGUGUCUCCGUAUCUGCUGGUGACCAUUGUGUUGGGGGUCAAAUGCUACAGAGCUCAAGGUGAGAACUCACAGUCUUCCUGUGGGUCACUUAUAACAAACACACUCAGAUGGACCUUUCAAUAUUAGCUAAUAUUCCCUAUUAAUAUAUGAACUUGAGCUUUGACUCAUUAGUAAUGUCCAUCACUGUGUAUUUCACAGCUAGACCUGAUGAGGAGAACAAGCAGUGACAGAAGCUGGAGCAUGAUGAUGAGUGUCAUGAGUUUUACAUUAGAAUUAUUCAACUGUGUGUUUUAAACCUCUUUCUCUCUUAUUCACAAUAAAUCAGGUUCAUGCUUAAUGAAUAUUUUUGCACGUCUUCAUUUGUUUGUCACUAUUAAUAUUUUUAUUUUUCAGUUCUGUCUUUAUAAACAGUUGAUACUGGCUUGCUUAAGCACAGAAUAUUUUAUUGUUAUAGUGUAAUAAACAUUGUACUUUCAUCAUAAAUAUGCAAGAGUAGUGUUGAUGUAGUUUAAUUUAUCUCCUUUUAAAAUAUAAUCACAUUGGAACAGUUCGCAUGUUUUAUCUAAGCUAAGAGUUUAUUCAUUUAUUAAGAUGUAUUUUUCUUUUAUAAUUGUUUUUGUAGUUGUUGUCGUGGUAUUUUAUCAUCUGUAGUAUCUUUUUUCAGUCAUAUCUCCUUUCGUUUGAAGGCUAGACAUAACUGAAGUGUGAUUCUGUACCGUUUGCUUUUGAUUUUUAAUAAAUUUUAAUAAU